AUGGUGUUAUGGCUAACCUCCUUCCCUUCAAACCAUGACAGACAAAAGAAAAUAUCGACCCCGAGUUCAGGCAGGGGUGCGACAAGUAAUCCCUGGGAGUUAACCAACUGCUACAAAUUGAAACUUUUAACCUACAACAUACAGUCGCUGUCGUCGGAUGAUGGGCUAGUAGAACUAGAGACCGAACUUGGUAACGUCAAAUGGGAUAUCCUACGAUUGUACGAAAUUCGGCGCAAUGGGGAGGAAUUGUUAACUCUGAAGUCGGGCCACAUUUUAUACUACCGCGAAGGCUCAAAACCCGGUAUUGAAGGAAUUGGCUUUAUGGUGAACCAAGCCAUAAAAGAUUGUGUCGUUGAAAUAAACAGCAUCUCAUAUCGUCUUGCUUACGUGAUACUAAGACUUAGUAAAAUGUAUAAACUAAAAGUUAUCCAGGCAUAUGCCCCGACAUUGAGCCACCUGGACGAGACUGUUGAAGAGUUCUACGAGGAUCUUAGAACCCUGAACGAUAAAGUUAAGACCAAAUAUACCAUAAUAAUGGGCGACUUCAACGCGCGAGUUGGCACUACCGGUAGUGACCAUCGCCUGGUGAGAGCUGACAUAUGCAUAAAGCUAAGAACAGCGCGAAGGAAUCUUAUUGUAAAGAAACACCUGCCAGCCGACACCAAAUGCAAAAUAUUGCGAGUUAACGAAGAUCUCUAUAAAAAUGCCGUGGAGGCAAAGAUUAACCACGAACAAUUAACCACCAUGACCGUAGAUGUGAUCAACGACAAACUAACAGCAGCACUAACUCUGAGCCUUGAUGAAAUUACUCCAAGUGUUCUACCAAGUCAACCAUCUAAAUUAACACCAGAAAAUAUAAAGAUGAUGCACCAAAGACGGUCGCUAUGCAGUGAGGGAAAAAUAGGCAGUCAAGAAUACAGAAACCUGCAAAAACAAAUCCGUAUACAGACUCGAAAUGACAUGAUGGACCAUAACACCCGUAGCAUACAAGAGUCUUUAGAAAAGAACAACAGCCGAAGACUCCUAAAGCUGGAGCAACGCAAACUGCCUCUGUGGCCGAACGUACUAGAAUGCAUAUUCCAACAGAUGCAGUGGACUGGGAAGGGGUUGAUGAUCGAUGGAGAGAGACUUACCAAUCUGAGGUUUGCUGACGAUAUGGUUCUGAUUUCUGAAAGUAUCGAGUAUUUGCUGACGAUGCUAGAGGAUUUGAGGGUGAAAUCAGAAAAGACUGACCUUAAAAUGAACAUUGGGAAAACCAAAAUCAUGACCAACAUUCCUGAAGUCACAAACUACCAGCUUCCAGUGGAGAAAGUGACCGAAUACAUAUACUUAGGAUAUAAGGUUACGUUGGGCUUUGAGAACCAAACAGCGGAAGUGGAACGACGGGUAGUUCAGGCGUGGGCUGCUUUCGGUGCCAACAAACAAACGCUAUGUGGCAAAAUACCCCUACAUCUCAAAGUUAGUCUUCGAACAAUGUGUCAUGCCCGUGCUCGUCUAUGGUAA